UCAUCUUUCUUUCUCCAAACCAUCUUUCUGCUACACAUCAAAUCUGUGGAGGACGUAUUGGAUUUUUUUCAGAUUAAUAUGUCGUUACUUGUUACUCAGUUUGAUCCGAUUUUCUAAUUGUCAAGCCAAUGUCUGUCACUCGAACUCUCCACAUCUUGCCGUCCAGUGGUUCGAUGAUAUUCCCCUGUGAAGGAAAAUCUCGUUUUUCGUCGCUCUCUCUGCAGUUACCUGAACAAUCUUCCUGGGCUUAGCUUGGACUUGUCUAAAAAGCAUUCAGGUUUGCGAGGCAUUUCCCAGAUGUCAAGUUGAAUGAUUUUACAGUCAUUGAGAUCAAUGGCAUUUCGAUUGACACGUUUGCGAAAACCUCUUGCUUAUUCUCGGUCCUUUGAUACCUGCGUUCCAUUUUUCCGGUCAAUCUCUUCCUUUGAAGCGGUUGAAAAGGCUAUAAAAUGUGCUGUCGAAACAAAGGAGUAUCUUCAAAUCCCUCAUCUUGUUGUUUCGCUCAAACAACCCUACCAAAACUCAAAGUUAUUCUCUUUUCUCUCUGCUUUCCAACAUCAUCAUAGAAUCCGAGUCAUUGACGAAAUCCUCCAAAGUUUUGUGCCCGUGAGGCCUCGUUCCCUGCCUAAGAUUGUCUACUCCAGCCUUCUUACUUACUGUCUUCAGAGUUCCGAUCCACUUCCUUUGUCAUUCGCGAUUCUUCAACGCACUCUUCGUUCUGGCUGUCUUCCUAAUCCUCAGACUCACCUCCUUCUGUCUAAUGCUUGGCUUGAACGGCGACGAGGAACCCAGUCUGUUGCAGAUAUUCUUAGUGAGAUGAAAUUGAUCGGAUAUAGUCCUGAUACUGGAACCUGCAACUAUUUAGUGUCAUCACUCUGUGCGGUUGAUAAGUUGGAUGAGGCGGUUAGAGUUGUGGAGGAAAUGGGUGAGGCUGGUUGUAUUCCUGAUUUGGAAAGUUACGGGGCGGUGAUUAAUUCAAUGUGUUUGGCUAGAAAGACUAGCGAUGUCGUGAAGACUGUCAAAGAGAUGGUGAGCAAAGCUGGAAUUUCUCCACGGAAAGGGAUGCUGACAAAAGUAGCAGCAGCUUUAAGAGCAAACAGGGAAAUUUGGAAAGCCAUUGAGAUGAUCGAGUUUGUAGAAAGUAGAGAUUACCCUGUGGAAUUUGAGAGUUAUGAGGUACUAGUCGAGGGUUGCCUAGAGGUUAGGGAAUACAUUUUGGCAGGGAAGAUGGUGAUGAGAAUGACUGAUAGAGGGUUUAUACCAUAUAUCAAGGUUAGGCAAAAAGUAGUCGAGCGUCUGAUUAGCAUCGGUGAAUGGAAGCUUGCUUGUACUGUUAGACAAAGGCUCUCUGAACUGAGGUCUUAGGUAUUUCCUGUAGUCAUCAGAUUGGUUUUAAGAUUUUGUAAGAAUAGAUACCGUUACGAUACUGGAAUGUAAUUCAUACCCCCGAAUUUGGGAAAUUUUGUUGUUUCUUGUUAAACAGAUUUUGUUUUAUAACUGUGAUCCGUUUGUCUCCAUAUCUUGUGCGCUCCACCUGCAAGCUCCUGAAAGCUUUUGUGGAGUUUUUGUAGUGUCAAGUGAGCAUAUAGUAGUGUGGAAAGAUGAUGGCAUCACCAUAUAUAGGGAGAUCAUUGGAAACUGAGGACGAUUUUAUCUGGAGGACUUAUGUGAGAUCGUAAGAAUUAGCUUAUAUUUUUAUCUUGUGAGAUUUCUCUUUGUCCUUGAGAGCCUUGUGUCUGUUCAGUAUCACUAGGCUCGAUGCCAAACGUACUGUUAUAAGAAGCAGGUUAUCAAACGGGAUGCGUUAAGGAGAAAGCAUCUCAAUGGUUCAAGCGAAUCUUGUGUGCUUAAAUGGGCAGAUUGUCAUACAGAGAGAGUUGUCAUAUUAGUUUUCUGUUUUCGGAAAGGAAAAGGCUCUAAAGCUUCCGGAGAUUCGUGGACUCACUGUGUGGGAUAGCUAGCCAGCAUAGCAAUACCACAUUUACCCGUCUCUUGGCUAUAACCACGUUCCAUCCGUAUGUAGCCUUCUUCACCCCAACCAGUUCCCCAUGAAUUCUUUACGAUCCAGUAUUGUUGACCGCCUUCUUCUCCGUAUCCAACAACAGUCACUGCAUGGUUGAGAUUUGAUCCACAGUAACCUGUGAAAACACCAGAAGAGUAGAG